AUGAUAAGAACACCGCGGUUGCUACUCUGGGGGAAGGAAAGACUGUACAGCACGUUCACGUGCAGACGCGACAAAUUGGAUUCCCUUAAGAGGAUAUCAUACGAGUUCUACAAAAGAAGCCAAGGCAAAAAGGGGGUGCCUGCAAGGUUGCAGGGGGAGAUGGCCCCAGGCGCAGCGACGUUGAGUGAGAUCCCACCCGAUGAUCUGCCACCCGAUGAGCGGCUGUACCGCGAAGCAGUAACCGUAAGCCACUCCGUUGAGAAAAUGCUCCGGGAAGACAUAUACAACAGCCAAAGCUACGUCCUAAUCCUUAAGGGGCUAGUCAACACCCUCACCCAUGUAAGGGGUAAACGGAAGAGAGCACACUUAUGGAAGCUUAUUACCACCUUUGUGGGAUGCUUCCAACGAUACGUGCACCUCAUGAAUGAACAGGACGUCACCUUGUUGUUGGAUGUAAUGGCAAAAUGUUCCAUCCGGAAACCAGAAAUAACUGACCUGAUAAUGCAGCGGCUAGGCAAGGGUGAAAAAAACACGUUGUUUUACUCCCUCAAUUCGAAGAGCGUCUGUAUCAUUUUGAAUAGCCUACACAAGGUGGUAACUCAGGGGAAUCCCACCCAUCGCUACGCCAGCGCAGUUCACCGCCUAACCAGUGAUGUCUUCCACUUCUACGUCGUCAACAGGUACAAGAAUUUCUCCAUCGGUCAAAUGAUCAUUGUCCUGCACUCCAUGCAUCGGUAUGGUUACGAGAAAUGCAGAGUGGCGGGGUUGAUAAGUCACAUUGCGCAUCGGGUUUUGGAGACGUGCCAAAGGGGGGAGGCCUCCAAUCGGGGCGAAGCCUCCAAUCGGGGAAAUGCUAUCACCGGAGGGGGUACCAUUGCCGCUUUACCCUGCAAGGGCACCAAAAAGAGGAGCAAAAGAGACAACUCGGUUGAAUACGAAGGGGAUCCACAGUGUGACUUCAACGCAGACGAACGUACUCGACGGAGGAGAGGCUCUUCCCCCUCUGCUUUCCUAUCAGGAACGGAUGACUACGCUUCUAUAUUCGAUCUGCACAAUAAGUACGAGUUAAUCCUUUUGCACACGCUCAGCUGCUACAAUUACUGCAACAACGGUUUGCUUCGCGUCCUCCUGUGUGAAGUUAAGAGGAAGCUAUUCACAGCGUACAACGAAAAGGAAGUAUGUAUGUUCCUGUCUGCUGUGAGUAACUAUUUCGCCAUACCGACAACAAAAAGGUUUGAAGUGUAUGUGACGGAUGAGGAGAGUAAUAUAAAUGAAGACAAUCAAGUGUGUGCCUCCCAGUUAGUACGAACAGUGGUGAUAAGGGAGAAAAAGCGGCUGCGAAACUACACCAAAUUUAGCAUCGCCACAAUUUAUAUUGUCUUGUCCAAGUUAAAUUUCUUUUACGAGAAUAAACAUGCAGAUGUUUUUUUCCUGGACAAGUUGUUCGUUGCGAAGUAUUUUCCAGAAAAAAAAAAAAAAAAAAUGUUUUUUCCCGUUGAGGAGGAUAACAUAACGGCCAAGACGAUAAUAAGUUUGUUGUUUUCUCUCAUUUUAAAUGGCCAAGGGGAUGUCACUUACUACGGGGCUCUGUUUGAUACUUUGAUGCUGCAGCUGUGGGAUGGCACGGAAGGGGCCGGCACAGGAGGGGUCUCCACAGAAGGGGCGUCUACAGAAGGGCCCUCCACACACGUCCCCCACGACGUCAAGAAAGCCAUCCGUGCACUGCAACUCCUGUCCGUGCAAAAUUCCCACCUCCUCUGUGUGAUUUACACAUACCUACAUUUACACAACAUGCUUUCCCAACUACAAAACACCAACUUACAUUUUUUCCUCUUCCUCUUGAGUAAUUUUAACUAUAUGAAUUGCACGCACUUGAGGCAGCAUGUGUCGUCCCAAAUUCACGCCGAAAUUAACGCGACCAUUGGAUUGAUAAGGAAUAAAAAAAAAAAACAAUUCGUCCUCACCAACGAGUGCUUCGUUUUUCCCUACUACGUGGAUAUUUGCCUGGGCGGUCCCUGGGCGUGA